AUCUCGCAUCCACCCCCAUCCCUCUAAUCAAACACAUGGGGAUCCCAAUUCCUUCGCGGGCAAGCACUCCAAAAGGAAGCAACAAAAUUGACGCGCCGCGCGCCAGGUCGGCGUCCGUGACGAUCACCGCCGUGACGCACCCUGCUUCCGAGAGAACUAUAUAAGCAGAGAGUGAGGAAGUGGGAGCUCAAGGACCAGCUCCUGUGAUUUGGCGCAGGUCGAGAAACCAUCGGUGGUGUGAGCUCGUCUUUCUUGUAAUCGAAGAGAAAAAGAAACCAAGAUGGAGGCGUCGGUGUGGGGCGGGCUGAACUCCGGCGUGGUGCUGAGCUUGAUCGCCGUGCUGUGGACGGUGGUGUGGCAGAACCUGCAGCACCUCCAGCUGCAGCAGUUCUUCGGCCGCCACUUCAGCCGGCACGCGCGGCGGCUGGCCGCGAUGGUGGACCCGUACCUGUCGGUCACCAUCGCCGAGCACGAGGGCGGGCGCAUGAAGCGCAGCGAGGCGUACGAGGAGAUCAAGGCCUACCUCAGCGAUGCGUGCUCCCGCGGCGUGCGCCACCUCAGGGCCGAGGGCGCCAAGGACGCCGACAAGCUCGUGCUCAGCAUGGUCGACGGCGAGGAGGUGGCCGAUGAGUUCCAGGGAGCCAAGGUCUGGUGGUGGGCCUACUCCAGGCCGCCCCCGCGCACGGACGGCAGCGCGCCGUGGCGGGGCGGCGGCGUGCAGGAAGAGCGCCGGUUCUACAGGCUCUUCUUCCUCGAGCGCCAUCGCGAGCUCGUGCUCGACACCUACCUCCCGCGCGUUCGGCAGCAGGGCCGCUCCGUCAUGGUCAAGAACCGCCAGCGGAAGCUCUUCACCAACAUCUCCACCCACCAGUGGAGCGAGGGCGGGUACAAGAGCUCGGCAUGGAGCCACGUCGUGUUCGAGCACCCUAAGACGUUCGCCACGCUUGCCAUGGAUCCGGCGAGGAAGAAGGAGAUCACGGACGACCUCGACAUGUUCAAGAACGGGAAGGAUUACUACGCGCGCGUUGGGAAAGCGUGGAAGCGCGGCUACCUUCUGUACGGCCCGCCGGGGACGGGCAAGUCGGCCAUGAUCGCCGCCAUGGCCAACUACCUCGACUACGACAUCUACGACAUCGAGCUCACGUCGGUGCACUCCAACACCGAUCUCCGGAGGCUGUUCAUCGAGACGACGAGCAAGUCCAUCAUCGUGAUAGAGGACAUCGACUGCUCGCUCGACCUGACCGGCGCGCGCAAGAAGAAGAAGGAAAAGGCAGCAGAGGACGACAAGGACAAGAAGGACGGUGCGGCCGCCAAGGCGGCUGACGAGAAGAAGAACACCAGCAGCAAGGUGACGCUGUCUGGCCUGCUCAACUUCAUCGACGGGCUGUGGUCGGCGUGCGGCGGCGAGCGGCUCAUCGUGUUCACCACCAACCACGUCAAGAAGCUGGACCCGGCGCUGAUCAGGAGGGGCCGUAUGGACAAGCACAUCGAGAUGUCCUACUGCGGCUUCGAGGCGUUCAAGUUCCUGGCCAAGACGUACCUCGAAGUGGAGUCGCACGAGCUGUUCGGCGCCGUCGGAGAGCUGCUGCGGGAGGUGGACAUGACGCCGGCGGACGUCGCCGAGAACCUGACGCCCAAGAACGUCGACGACAAUCCGGACUCGUGCCUCGCGGCCUUGGUGAAGGCACUGCAAGAGGCCAAGGAGAAGAAGGCGAGCGGAGGAAAUGGGCAAGACGAACCAGAUGAGGAGGAGGAGCCGUAGUUCUAACUGAUUUUGUCAUCGGUAAUUCUGCUGAUUUUGUCAUCGGUAAUAAUUAUCUUUUUUUUUGCUUCCUUUAAGUAAUAGGCUAAGAUGACGUAAUAAUGCAAUAAGAGUUGUAUGCAUCACGAAUGUAAAAGGCCAGAUUGUUAUCCUUUUUCAAAAAAAAGUCUGCUGAUUUC